GGGAUUAAAAGAAUAUCUGGCAACCCUGACCUACACGUUCCAGUGCGUCUGCACGGCAGUUAAGUGACAGCGCGAGCGGUAAGAGCUGUUCCUUAAUAUCUCUUCUUUACGACUUCGCCAUGUCGCUCCCACGACAGCUGAGAGACGAAAGUGAUUUUGAGCAGCUGCCGCACAACGUGCCAGUCAGCGCCACCAUCGCAGACGUCGAGGAGAAGAAGGGCUUUAUAGUCUACUUUCGCUUUGUGAUCGAGGUGAAGACUAAAGGAGGCAGCAAAUACCUGAUCUAUCGCAGGUAUCGCGAGUUCUACACCCUGCAUCAGAACCUGGAGCAGAAGUUCUCCCCCGAGUCUGGGUCAGGACCCUACAGCGUUACACUGCCCACUCUACCAGGCAAAGUGUAUGUGGGCAACAAACAGGAAAUAGCAGAAAACAGGAUCCCGGAGCUCAACACAUACAUGAAGAAGUUGCUGUGUUUGCCUAUCUGGGUUCUGUUGGACGAUUUGAUCCGGAUGUUUUUCUAUCAGACUGAAUACGACAGUCUUCAGGUCCCCAAAGCGCUCCGGCGCCUUCGACCCCCAACACGCAAAGUAAAAACCGAGAAACAGCCCAAGACAGACCUGCUCUCUUCCCCCAGAGCCGAGGCCUUGUUUGACUUCAACGGGAACGGGCGCCUGGAGCUGAGCCUGAAGACUGGAGACGUGAUCUUUCUCCUGCGCAGAGUCAAUGCCGACUGGCUAGAGGGCACGGUUAAAGACAGGAUAGGCAUUUUCCCGGAGUCGUUUGUAAAGAUCAUUAAGCCUCUACCUGAGAGCGACUCAGAUGAAGAGAAAAAAGGUGGUCCAGGUUCUUACAGCUGCCUGCACUGCUGCCUGAUGCACCCCGGAGGUGUCGAUGAAAGGGAUGUGUGUGUAGAAGAAGAUCUCUCCAUCCAGCCGUCGUACUCCGACCUUCUUGCACGCAUGAAGGAGGUGUUUCAGGUCGAGGACAUUGCACUAAACUACCGUGACCCUGAAGGAGAUCUGGUGCGCAUCCUGGACGACGAGGACGUGGCCCUCAUGGUGCAAGAGAGCAAACGCCAUGGGUCAAAGGUCAAGAGGCCCGUCAACCAGUAUCCGUGGGAACUUUGUGUCACACAUUCCAACAAUCUGUCUGUGUACAACACUGAGUACUGAAAUGUGUGUGUGUGUGUGUGUGUGUGUGUGUGUGUGUGCGCAUGCGUGUUUACAUUGCCUAUGAAUGAAGGUCAUUUCCUCAGGUUUGUGUGAUGCUGCACGCGUCAUGGCAGACGCCGAAUUCCAACACUGUUUUUGAAACGCUGUCGUCAUACUUGCUAGCUAGUGUGACUAGCUCAGCGUUCAUAUUUCCAGUUGCCUAGCAACAGUAUGUCAUUUUUAGUUGAAAUAACUACACAAAACCUGUAACAGUUGUUUGAUUUUUGAAGUAUUAAGCAUAUUUACACAUCUUCAACAUCUUGAUUUCCUUCUCGUUGCACUUGACUCGAUCCCUCCGGCCUCCCAAAUGCCCACGACAAGUUUCACUAAAGAACUGAAACAGCCUUAAAAAACAAGGCAAACUGGACAGGGCUGUCUCUAAAAGGGCACUGGAACUCGGGCAGAUGUUUGGUUCCGUAUUUCACAGAAGAGUUUAUACAGAAAAUCAUUUCAUGAGCUUGAUCCCACUGCUGAGCGUGGCAUGCUCACCAGAUCCAUCCUUAAUCAAUCCCCAUAUACAUAUAUACAAUAUAUCACAAUAUUCAGUGUGCAAGGUAUUGUUAUCAUGGACACUGUGUGUGUGUGUGUGUGUGUGUGUGUGUGUGUGUGUGUGUGUGUGUGUGUGUGUGUUUGUCCCCUUUGGGUACAAACUUCUCCAUUUAGUUCCUGGAAUAUUUACCCAGCAGAAAGUUUCCAGUAUUUCUUCUGCCACAAAGCAUGUGGGCACACACACACACACACACACACACACACACACACAGUAAUAUUAGAUGUGCCAAAAGUGCAAAAUUGCACAAUAUGUUUCAUGAAUGUUGCUUAUGUGGAUAAAAUAUUAUAUAAAUUGCUAUACUAAUAUGUAAACUUGUGAUUUUGUAAUUGCAAUUCUACAUUUUACAAGCUUUCACA